AUGGACAUGUUUUCGUUAGACAAAGUGCGCGACAUGUUACCCUCGUUGCCUCCCUUGUUGUCUCCUUCCAUCGACAAGUUUGACAAGUCGUCAGAUGCGAUGGCUACACAACCCACAGAAGCAGAGACCAGCCAUCACAAUCAGCUUGACAGUCACGAACCCAUCAGUUCUUUGGAUCCACAACCCAUCGACGAGUCAAAACCCAAAUCAAACCUCGACCUUGUCAACGAGUGCGACAGCUUCCCCUACUUCCAAGCUACCCCUCAGCUCUAUCUCAACCACAUCUCAACAUACUACCACCUACGCGUCGCUGCAUACCCAGAUACCACUCUCGGAUAUGUUCUACCUUCUGUCGCUGAAGUUUUGCGCGGCCUUGAUGAAUGGGAGUUGGACGACGACGAGCGAACUCUCACUCUAAAAGCUGGUGACGACGAAACAACCCGCAGCGCAAUUCUUGCCAGAACCACAGCAGCCAUGCGCGAAAUUGGCCACUUUUCUAUCCUCAAAGGCUGGCGCAAUGAGCUUUACCCGGUAUAUGGUCCUGCGCCCGCCAGAGAAUUACUUUUCAGUGUCGAACGUGCAGCCAGUGCCCUUUUCGGUAUCGUCACCUACGGCAUUCACAUGACUGCUUACACAAAGUCUGCUUCUGGCGAAUUGAAGAUCUGGACACCACGUCGCUCCAAAACCAAGUCUACGUAUCCCGGUAUGCUCGACAACACAGUCGCAGGUGGCAUGGCUACUGGUGAGAAUCCUCAAAUCUGCUGUGUGCGUGAAGCCAGCGAGGAGGCUUCGCUACCGGAAGACCUCGUACGCGAAAAGGCACAUUCUACAGGCACUGUCACAUACUUCCACAUCAGAGAUUCUCGUGCCGGAGGCGAGACUCGACUGCUACAACCAGAGUGUCAAUACAUCUUCGACCUCGAAUUGCCCGAGGAUGUCAAGCCGAAGCCUUCGGAUGAUGAAGUCGAGGAGUUCUACUUGAUGGGCGUGGAUGAGUUGAAGGAGAAGCUCAAGGCCGGGGAGUUCAAGCCGAACUGCGCUGUUGUGCUGCUUGAUUUCUUCAUCCGCCAUGGUGUCUUGAACGCUCAAAAUGAGCCCGACUUCAUCGAAAUCGUGAGCAGGCUGCAUCGCAAGCUGGACUUUCCUACAGCAUGA